AUGUCACGAAGGCCCAGGACGGAAGAGGAGGUUGAAGCCGAAGUCCAAUCAUUUGGACUAACCAACGAAGGCGCCGCGGCGAUUGUUCGCUUGGGGAACACGCUCAAGGGGGGCAGAAAGCUCCAGAGGGAGCACGCUGGGCUUCUGGCCCCCGGCAGAAGAUUGCACCCCCCGUCGCCUCUCUCUCAGCCGGUCUGGAAGCAGACCGAUAUCAAGGAUAGCUCUCAGCCUGAGCUCAAGGCUGGCACUCGUGGCCUGAGAUUGGAACAUGCCAACGAUGAGCAAACUGAAUCUCCGAAACAGGAUUCAAGCCCCAGAGUGAAUGAGAGCCGUUCCUCGCAAGAACAUGCUGCCUCGCCAAGAUCCCGAAGGAGGGCCCUCUCCCCAAUCCAAGAAGAAGAGGAAGAGGAAGAGACUGAGAAGAAAGAGUAG